AUGUGGACGAAAGAUAACAAGAGCUACAUACUCUUCGGCACUACCCUCCAAAUGCCUCCACCAAGCACCGGACGACCGCGAGUGCUCCUGUUCGAUAUCGGUGGUGUCUGUGUCGUCUCCCCCUUCCAAGCAAUCCUCGACUACGAGAAAUCCAAAGGUAUCCCACCAGGCUGGGUGAACUACUCCAUCGCAGCCAGCAGCCCCAAUGGCGCCUGGCAGAAGAUCGAGCGCGGCGACAUCCUUAUGAAUGCCGCUUUCUUCCAAGAAUUCAAGUCCGACUUGAGCGAUGAGAAACGAUGGCGAAUAUACUACGCCAAACACUUGGCCGCGACGCGAAAAGAGAAGCUCAGCGAUGCAGCGGAAGAGGCAGCAUUCCAAGUCCCACCUGUACCUGAUAUUGAUGCCGAGUGGUUAUACUGGGAGAUGAUGCGGAUAGCGCGAGAACCAGAUCCGUACAUGUACCCUGCGCUCAAGAAAAUGCGAAAAGCCGCAGAUCAGAGUAAUGGGAAGCUUAUCCUGGCUGCUCUGAGCAAUACCUCGAUCUUCCCGCGUGACCACCCUUACAACGAGAAUAUCUAUGCGGGAAGCCGGAACAAGCAUCUAAAGGAUAUCUUCGACGUCUUCAUCUCGUCCGCGCACGUAGGGAUGCGGAAACCGGAUGAGCCAAUAUAUCGGUAUACGAUUACGAGAAUACAUGAGUUUGUCAAGACUAAGUAUGGUGGGCUGGGUGUCAAGGCGGAGGACUUCACAUUUGUGGACGAUAUCGGGGCGAACUUGAGGACGGCGAGGAGGUUGGGGAUGAGUACUAUCAAGGUCCAGCUUGGACGGGCUGAUAAGGCCGUUGAAGAGUUGGAGAAGCUCACAGGACUAAGUUUGAAGGAUGAUGCUAAAGCUAGAUUGUAG